AAAAAGCCAUUAAACGACACACACACAGGUUUCUGAAAGUAAAAAGGAGAGCUCAGCUCAAGGACAGAGGGAGCUAAAAUGGCUUCAUCAUCAAUCUCACAAGCACCUAUCCUGCAUUCAAUCGCAGCUACUCAUCUGAAGCCUCGCUCGAAUCCCACUACUUCAUCUCCAUGGAGGCGCAGAACAUUUCGUCUCCCGGUCAUCCGAGCAAGCACGCUCUGUGAAAGCUCGGCUCUCCUUCAUGCGGCCAAGCAUACUGUCGAUACGUACAUUGAAAAUGGCAUGGUCGUCGGGUUGGGGACCGGGCAAGCUUCUGCAAUGGCUAUACAGUAUUUGGGUCAGCAGCUGCGUUCUGGCGCUUUAAAAGAUUUGGUAGGCAUACCCAUGUCUGUUGCCAUUGCAAGUGAAGCUGCAAAGGCAGGCAUUCCAUUGGAUCAAUAUGCAACUACUUCUCAAAUUGAUUUUGCGUUCGCCGAUGCUGAUGUGAUGGAAGAAGAAACACUAGUUGCAGUUAUUGGUAGGAGAAUACUGCAGGAGGAUGAGUCUCUAAUUCAAGAGAAGCUGAUCCUAAAUGCAGCUAGGAAGCUUGUGUUCAUAAUGACUGAGAAACAGUAUAAAAGUGACCUGGAGGGUUCUAUCCCUGUCCUGGUUCAGUCUCUGGGCUGGAUGGAAGCUGCUGAAGCAAUUGAAGACUUGUUCUUAGGAGAUGCAGAGGUAUGGAGAAGAGCAGCCAUAGGACAGGCAGGUCCAACAGGUGGAGAUUUCCCUUUGAUCACUAGAGAAGGUCACAACAUCCUGGAUCUCAUCUUCACUUCUCCAAUACAAAGCCUUGGUGAAGUAGCUCGAAGCCUUGAUAAAUUGGGCGGGGUUGUAGACCAUGGCGUCAUUUCCAAAUACCCGUUAGUCUUCUUGCUUCUGUUCAUUUUUGUCUCCUUGAGAGUUAGAAGGGAAGAAUGACCCAUUCAAACAUCUAAAUUACUUUCCUGUGUUGAUUGGCAUGAGAACAGAUGCACUGCGGUGAUUGCUUCUUCUGAGAAAGGGCUACGAAUUGUUGACCAGAUGCCAAGAGACGCUGCCGGAAUCGCUUAAUACUAGGCCUAGGUUGGGAAAUAGAUUCCAAAAGCUGGCUUAGUGAGGGAUAUUGAUGAUGAACUAAGGAGUACUAUGAGUUGGUUUGUUGUUUCGUAGCGGUUUGGACGUUAGCAUCAAAACAUAUUACCUGGUAUAUGUUUCAUCGCAUUCAUAUUUGACGUUAGCAUCGACCAUAUUACAUCUGGUAUAUGUUUGAUCGUAUU